AGCAUUUUGUUGUCUUUGGCCGACGAAGUCCCAUCACAAUCUUCGUAAGCUACGCGACAAAUCCUACAAAUUUCACAUUAAAUUCCAAUCAGUUGCAAAGAAGAAGCUAUAAUCAUCAAUCAUGCGUGAGUGUAUCUCAGUUCAUGUCGGACAGGCCGGAGUGCAGAUCGGCAAUGCCUGCUGGGAGCUGUACUGCCUCGAGCACGGGAUUCAACCCGAUGGCCAGAUGCCCUCUGACAAGACCGUGGGCGGCGGCGAUGACUCCUUCAACACCUUCUUCAGCGAGACCGGCGCCGGCAAGCACGUGCCACGCGCCGUGUUCGUGGAUCUGGAGCCCACGGUGGUGGAUGAGGUGCGCACCGGAACGUACCGGCAGCUGUUCCACCCCGAGCAGCUGAUCACGGGCAAGGAGGACGCGGCGAACAACUACGCGCGAGGCCACUACACCAUCGGCAAGGAGAUUGUCGACCUGGUGCUCGACCGCAUCCGCAAGCUCGCCGACCAGUGCACCGGUCUGCAGGGCUUCCUCAUCUUCCACUCCUUCGGCGGCGGCACCGGCUCCGGCUUCACGUCGCUGCUCAUGGAGCGCCUCUCCGUGGACUACGGCAAGAAGUCCAAGCUGGAGUUCGCCAUCUACCCGGCGCCGCAAGUGUCCACGGCCGUGGUGGAGCCCUACAACUCCAUCCUGACCACGCACACCACUCUGGAGCACUCCGACUGCGCCUUCAUGGUGGACAACGAGGCCAUCUACGACAUCUGCCGCCGCAACCUGGACAUCGAGCGCCCCACGUACACCAACUUGAAUCGCCUGAUCGGCCAGAUCGUGUCGUCCAUCACGGCGUCUCUGCGCUUCGACGGCGCCCUGAACGUGGACCUGACGGAGUUCCAGACCAAUCUGGUGCCCUACCCGCGCAUCCACUUCCCGCUGGUGACGUACGCGCCCGUGAUCAGCGCCGAGAAGGCGUACCACGAGCAGCUGAGCGUGGCCGAGAUCACCAACGCGUGCUUCGAGCCCGCCAACCAGAUGGUGAAGUGUGACCCGCGCCACGGCAAGUACAUGGCUUGCUGCAUGUUGUACCGCGGCGACGUGGUGCCCAAGGACGUGAACGCCGCCAUCGCCACCAUCAAGACCAAGCGCACCAUCCAGUUCGUGGACUGGUGCCCCACGGGCUUCAAGGUGGGCAUCAACUACCAGCCGCCCACCGUCGUGCCCGGCGGAGAUCUGGCCAAGGUGCAGCGUGCCGUGUGCAUGUUGAGCAACACCACCGCCAUCGCCGAGGCCUGGGCCCGUCUGGACCACAAGUUCGACCUCAUGUACGCCAAGCGCGCCUUCGUGCACUGGUACGUGGGCGAGGGCAUGGAGGAGGGCGAGUUCUCCGAGGCCCGCGAGGACUUGGCCGCUCUCGAGAAGGACUACGAGGAGGUCGGCAUGGACUCCGGCGAGGGCGAGAAUGAGGGCGCCGAGGAGUAUUAAAUCUCUGUCGUUCGCAUCAAGGGAUCAUUCCCGAUUUCCAUUUUUCACUCUGUGAAAAAUAAACGGAAAUUCAAGCAGAAA